AAGCUUCCGCCGGACGGGUAUAUAGAGUCCGGGACGGGGUGGUGGCGGAGCCGGGCACGGCGGCAGCGGGCGGUGGGCGCCAUGGGGAAGGACUACUAUCAGACGCUGGGCCUGCCCCGCGGCGCGUCCGACGAGGAGAUAAAGCGCGCGUACCGCCGCCAGGCGCUGCGCUUCCACCCCGACAAGAACAAGGAGCCGGGCGCCGAGGAGAAGUUCAAGGAGAUCGCCGAGGCCUACGACGUGCUGAGCGACCCGCGCAAGCGCGAGAUCUUCGACCGCUACGGCGAGGAGGGUUUAAAGGGCGGUGGCCCCAGUGGUGGUGGCAGCGGUGGCACAAACGGGACCUCUUUCAGCUACACAUUCCACGGAGACCCUCAUGCUAUGUUUGCGGAGUUCUUCGGCGGGAGAAAUCCCUUUGACACCUUCUUUGGGCAGCGGAACAGGGAAGAAGGCAUGGACAUUGAUGACCCGUUUUCUGGCUUCCCAGCCAUGGACAUGGGUGGCUUUACCAACAUGAACUUCGGCCGGUCCCGCCCUGCCCAGGAGCCUGCCCGCAAGAAGCAAGAUCCUCCUGUCACCCACGACCUUAGGGUCUCCCUUGAAGAGAUCUAUAGUGGCUGUACCAAAAAGAUGAAAAUCUCCCACAAGCGGCUCAACCCCGACGGAAAGAGCAUUCGAAACGAAGACAAAAUCCUGACCAUCGAAGUGAAGAAGGGGUGGAAAGAAGGGACCAAGAUUACCUUCCCCAAGGAAGGAGACCAGACUUCUAACAACAUUCCUGCCGACAUCGUCUUUGUUUUAAAGGACAAGCCACACAAUAUCUUCAAGAGAGAUGGCUCUGAUGUCAUUUAUCCUGCCAGGAUCAGCCUUCGGGAGGCUCUGUGUGGCUGUACGGUGAAUGUCCCUACUCUGGAUGGCAGGACCAUACCCGUUGUGUUCAAAGAUGUCAUCAGGCCUGGCAUGAGAAGGAAAGUUCCUGGAGAAGGCCUCCCCCUCCCAAAGACACCAGAGAAACGAGGGGACCUCAUCAUCGAGUUUGAAGUGAUCUUCCCGGAAAGGAUUCCGCAGACAUCGAGAGCCAUCCUCGAGCAGGUUCUUCCAAUAUAACCGUCUGCAUUCCCAAGGACUGUCAGGGACCUUUCCAGAGCUCAAGGAUCUCCAGACCUCGCCCCCAGCUGUGGAUAUGCGAGGGCGGGAGGACCCAGGGAGGGCUAUCGUGCUGCUCAGUGUUUUCAGAGAAUAUAUUGCAAUCUUUAAAAGUUGUGCUUAAGUGGUUUUUCGAGCGACAUGGUGGAAGUGAUGGGAACAGCAGGAAAAGGCAUCAGGUCUGCCCUGCUGGGCCCCGCAGCCCUCCUGCUCUGGGCCCUUCCUCUGCUCCUCCAGCCCCUGCCCAGCCUGGGUGAGAGGCGGCUCUGCAGCUAGACUCGAACCCUCUUGUAGUCUCUUUGCUUCCAGCAGCGAGGCAGGCCCCAAAGCCUGUGCACUCCAGUCACUGUUGUGUAAUAAGUUCCUGUUUUAUCCUGUGUUUGUCUCCCCUGCCUUGCUCUUCCCCUGGAGAAUCCUGCUUUCUCUUUGGUCAUCUCAAAUUGAGAACCUGAAAUAAUUCUGCAGAACUGCCUGGCUGGCACCACAAGCAAUACCUCGUCCCAGCAGGACCAAAGGCACUGGCCUCCAGUGAGCAAAUCUCACAGCUCCCUCUUCCCCGGGACCUAGGGGUCCUGGCUGCAGCAGGCAGGGGUCGUCACCUGCAGCUUCGGUGAAGCCUACUUUGCUGACUUCCGGGUUAGUCUUUUUGCCUGCUCCGGAAGGAAAUCCUCUGGCAUACCUAGGGCUUACCGGUGGCCCCGGUAAUUUUUUGUUCAAUGGACUCUGGACUCUCAAAGGGAUCUGAUCCUUUUGAAUUUUGCACAGCCCUAGAUAUAAUCCCUUUUGAUAAAAGGGUCUUUGCUUCUGAUUACAGGAGCACUGUGGAACGUCUGUAAAUAUGUUUUUAUAAUUCCAUUUACAGUUGGUGGACACUCAAAAGAGUCCAUGGCAACUGCCUCUCUGUACAGGACCAUAAUGGAUUUCAGAAGAAACCUUGGGGGUGGGGAGAAGUCAGAAUAAAAAUGUCUGUUUUCUGGAAGCCAGUCUGGUGCUCAGACUUUGAGAUUCAUUGUACGUUGCUACUGCCGACACAGACUAAAAGUAUGUGACUUGUCGUUAUGCAGCGUGACAGCAUUAAAGACUGAUGCUAAACCUCA